CGAGUGCUGUCUCUUCUAGUUCCAAGACGAUCGGAAACAGAGAAGAACAAUGUCGGGUUUUCAUUUCGAAAGACCUUCAUCUAUUCAUUUCGGAGCAUUCUCAAGCAGCGGUACCACCUCUGCCUCGGGCUUCUCGUCUCCGUUCGGUUCAUUUGCUUCACCUCCUGCCAACACCGGUCCUUCCACCUUCGGUUUCUCUCCUGUCGGUGUAAAUUCAGGUAACCAUGCUUCAAGCGGUUCUUCCCUCUUUGGUGCAAGUACAGGUAACCAUGCUUCAAGUAAUGCUGCUUCGGCAACUUCAAGUGUCAGUGCCGCUACUCCCCAAAGAUUACCCAGUAGGAGGACAAAUUCAACUGCCCCUACUUCAAAGAACGAGCCACAUGCAAAUGUCAACAAAGCAAUGUCUGGCUUAAAGGAUACAGAGGAUGAUUUGAAAAAGAAAAUAAGUUUCUUAAGCGGAUUUGUUGUGGCAUUCAAAGAACAAACCCACACUGAUAUACAGCUUAAGCCUAACAAUGGGCCCUGCAUACCUGCACACAAAGCUUUACUGGCUGCAAGAUCUGAAAUCUUUAAGAAUAUGCUGGACUCAGAUGGCUUCAAGGCUCCACCAAGUGAUACUGAUACCGUCACUCUGUCUGAGUUAAACAACGAAGAGCUUGAGUCUCUCCUAGAGUUUCUUUAUACUGGGAACUUGCCCUUAGAUAAGUUGGAGAAGCAUGUUUACUCUCUAUAUGUUGCAGCUGAUAAGUAUGAGAUUCCAUACUUACAAGAGUCCUGUGAGCGUUACAUGCUGAAUUCCUUGAAUGCAUUGAAUGCUAUUGACAUUUUAGAGAUUGCAGAUGCUCAGUCAAACAAGACACUGAAGGAAACUACUUUGAACUUCAUUAUCAGAAACAUGAAGGAUAUAGUUUCCACGACAAAGUAUGAAGUGUUCGCUUCCAGUAACCCGGCUCUUUGCAUGCAGAUUACAAGGGCGUUUGUUGAUGCGAAAAGCAACUGAGUUAGCUAGUUGAAUUUGACUAUACCAAUGAUGGAAGAAAUGGGGUUUUAGGAGUAAAAAAAUUUGGGAUGCUGAUGCAAUGCAACCAGUGGUUAGUUACUAUGUAAAGAUCAUUGUAAAUAUGACUUUUUAGAACAAAUUUGUCCUUUGAAUGAAUCACCACAACUAGUCCCUGUGUGAACAGAUCAUAAUAUUGUGCUUUGUUUUGCUUUCAUACCGUAUGUAUGUAUGUGUGUAUGUACAUAAUUAGAUAUUGCUCAUAUUCAUAUCAGAUUUG